UAGAUAAAGCACUUUUUUUUUUCUUAAAAUAGAAAAAAAUAUUUUACUUGUCAUGUCCUAAGUUAGACCCUGGUAUUGAUUCAGGUCGAAUGUGCCUUUUCGAGCAUUUCGUUCUAUACCCUUUUUGUUUGUUGUUUACGCUUCCGGCUCAUUCUAUUUGUUUGUAUAUAAAGUUUAAUUCUGUUGUGUGCUUGAUUGCGAUGAGUGUUAUUAUAAAAAAUAUCGUGAUGGUUUAGAUACGUUAUACUGUGAAAGUGUAAUCUAAUCUCGCAAAAUCACUGAAGUUGUCUACUUAAGGAACUUCCUUUGGUGUGACCUUACGAUGGACCAGGAAGACGUGAUCAUCGAGCGUGCCACCGGGCUGAUCAAAUGUUGCAAAGUUCCCCGUUUAACACGCAGCAUCGAUGAGGCGCAGCUUCAGGCGGACACGUUUCGUGAAUUUCUCGCCAUUUUCGAUGACACUAUCCCGAAAGUGUUCGAUCUGAUCGCACAGUACGAAAACCAACUGCUGGCGUACGACCAGUUCAACCAGGAUAAUUUGGAAUUUCGAUUAACAUCAGCUCUAGUGAUUGCCGAACAAUUUCCCGUAGUAAACGAAUUGUGCGAAUUUCAAACGGCGAACCGGAUCUACCGGGAACGAUUCAGUGAACUGUACGAGCAAGGCCAGUUGAAGCAGAUACUCACCGGAGAUGGAAGUGCUCGGUUACUAGUUCGUGCGUGGGAACACUACGAACGGGUUCUGCGCGGGAAAGAGUGGAUGUUCAACCCGGGAGAUGUCGUUAGUUUUGUCAGAUUAUGUGAGUUCUUGUAUGGUUGGAUGCUGGAAAAGCCUCCUGAACUUACACAGUCCGUCGCGUCCUUUAUCCUGUCAGUAGGCAUUUCACUUGUCGAAUAUCAUGAUCCUGAGUAUGAACUGUACGGAGUAAGACUAUUCAAUGUACUGCUCAAGGAGGAUCAUAAAGUAAUGCUGAAGGAAACCAAUAUCCAUCAAGUAGUAUUCCAGAAUGUAUUUAAAUUGAACGCCAAAACAAAAAGUGAAAGAUUCCUAACCGAGCUCUGGCAAUGUCUUUUGCGCUAUGUCGAAAUUGUUGAAGUUGGAAGAACAAAUUUUAGUGAGUGGACUGACUUCGAUGACAUUGUGGAAGCCCUUCUGGACGCAUUGUCGUUUGAGCAAAGUCACAAUCUCUCGUCAGUGUUGCUUCUUUACCUGCUAAAGCUUUUGGCACUGGACCUGUCCAACUUUCGAAUCGAUGAUUUAGACGAAGUCCAAGCCGUCGAUAGUAGAUGUCACCUGUACGAACCUGUCCUGGAGCAGCUGAGGAAGUACUGCGCUUUGGAAUUUCACAACCGCCGCUUUUAUCGGUGGCAUCGGCGAUUGAUUUCGAUGCUGCCUUACGAGCUGGAAAAGUCUUGUGGAAGUAGCCGAGAGCAUGGGAAAUAUAUGCAUGGCGUUAACCUACUGUUCGUGCUCGCAACAUUUCCAAUUGAAUCAAAAGCGGUCAGCCAACUAGCGGAUGUUCAGACGGCGCUUCUCGAUUUUAUCAUUGUUUUCAAACGGCACAUGCGAGAACAGUACGCUAGGAUUCAAUCUCUGACCGGGAAAUGCGAUUUUCUACAUUCUCUAAAGGCCUCAGUUUCGUGUGACAAAUCAAUUGCCGUUUUUGCCAAAAACGUUUCCAAUAAAUAUUUCGAAAAGGAUUCUGGUUUCUGGGAGGCCAUCGGUCUGGAUGAGCAGGAUGAGUCCUAUCAGGAGGAUAGGAUAUUCUUCGAGUGUCUGAAGGAUCUACAAAACAGGAGUGGAAGCAUAUAACGUUCAUUCCGAAAAAAAGUUAUUUAGAUUCCAUAGUUUGUUAAGCAUUAAAAAGUUCAGUUGCGGUUCAGA